GGUGGGGUUUAAAUGGCCGGCCGGUUUAGAGAGAGACCGUAAAAGUUACGAAGAAAUAAGUUAGCACUAAAUUACGAAACCGUGCGGCGAAUGCAGCAGUACGUGUUAGUUAGUUUUGCAAGUAUGUCGGGGAACGGUUCGGUGCGAAACCAUGGUCACUACCAUGAGACUGAAGCCGAUGGUAUUGAAAGGAGGGAACAAUUGAAAAGUGGGCGGCAAUCAAUUCCCUUCUAUCGCCGUCAUAGCUCGGUGUCGUAUUCGUUUCAAGGCGAUCCGCAUUCCCUAAGUAAUUAUUCAAGAAGUUACAAACCAGAGUUUCUUAAAGUUGGCGAUUAUGGAAGCAUUCAAACGCCAUCACACCAACACGGUACAGAUGUCGAAGAAGUUUUGGUCCUCACUAGCACCGAAGUUUUUGACGACGAAGCAGAUUCGGUUGCAGAGUUCACUUUGCCCGUCCAGGGUGCAAACACAGAUGAGAAGCCUGUUUCAACGGAGAAACUUUACUUUGGGUUUACAAUUCGUAAACUGAAAGUAUUUCUUUCCCUUGUGUUGCUGUCAAUCACAGAAAUCCUUGGGUAUUCAGCAAUUGCUACGUUUUUCCCAGUGGUGGCAGCGGAUAAAGGUUUAAGCCCGGGUGAGAUCGGGCUGGUGUUUGCUUCUUAUUCAAUUGCUGGAAUAGUUGCGGCGUUGAUCGCUGGAAGUCUUCUUGUAAAGAUCGGAACAAAGUUUUGCGUUUUGGCCGGAAUGUUUUUCAACGCUGGAGCUUUAAUUUGCUUUGGAUUUCUUGACCAAACUGCUUUGCUUCCCUUCUAUGCGUUAAGUAUUGCAAGUCGUGGUUUGAUGGGCUUUGGUUGUAACCUCGCGUACACGGCCAUGUACGCCAUCAUUUUCCAGGAAUUUGAGGAUCGUUCUAUCACAGUGGUUGGGAUGUCCGAGACAUUAGUCAGCAUUGGUGGGAUGAUGGGACCUCUCGUGGGAGGGGCAUUGUACCAGUAUGGUGGAUACGCGACCCCCUUCAUUGUGUUGAGUUCGUUACAAUUUGUGUUAAUGGUCGUGUGUUGGUAUCUGCUACCUUAUUCACCAGCCGACUCCAACGUAGCGACGGUUUCUCCGUUCCAACUAUUAAAACACUCGAGUGCAGUGAUCGCAACCUUGGAUAUCAUCAUCAUGUUCACCCUCAGCAGUUUCUUUGCUUCAAACCUGGAUACCUUCCUUAAUGAUGAGUUUGACAUGUCUCCAGUUAUUGUUGGAGUUACGAUGUUGAUUGGAAGUUUAUGUUAUGGCAUCACCUCGCCAAUAUGGGGAUAUAUUGCUGAUAGAUGGAAGAAAAACUUUUUGAUGGAGAUUGGGACUUUGGGGGAAUUUGUGGCUAUGGUUCUUAUUGGGCCGGCAUUAUUGCUCAAGUCAUGGUUUGGAAUCGAGAAACAAACCCUACCAUUGUUGUACGCAGCUAUAUGUGUGAAGGGAAGCUUUACAGGAGCGGCGCUUAUGCCAACGUUCACCGAUAUGGUGGAUGCUGCAAGUGAAUUAAAAGUCCAAGAAAGUCUUCUUGCGCAAUAUGGGAUGGUGUCAGGGUUGUGGAACACAGCGUUCUCCCUGGGUGAUAUAUCAGGUCCCCUGCUUGGGGGGUUGCUUGUCGGGAAGUUUGGGUUCGAAAACACGGCAGCAAUUUUAGGAUUGUGUUGCUUGGGAUUGAUGGUCAUUAAAAUAAGUGAAAGAAUAAUACGAAGGUGUUGUUGCAAACCAACCAUCGUGGAAUCCAACAGCGAAUAUGAAAGUUUGCUUCCCAACGCUCCGGAUGUAUAAUGGCAUCAACAACAUUAAACAACUGUGAUCCGGUAUUGCAAUAUCUUUGUUUAUUUAAACAAGCAAAGAUUGUUUUCAACAAUAUUGAAGGGUAUACAAGGAUUUUAACUAUUCUGCACUUAACAAUUCAUUGUUUGCGAGGUGUAAAACAGAACACUCGUGUUAUAACGACUGAUGUUGACCCGCCAUGCGAGAAUAUAUAAGUUACGUACGUAGCAACUCGUAAGCGGGCACGAGGUGUAUAAAACAGAACACCUGUGUUAUAACGACUGUCGUUGCCCCGCCAUGCGAGAAUAAAUAAGUUAUGUACAUAGCAACUCGUAAGCGGGCACGAGGUGUAUAAAACAGAACACCUGUGUUAUAACGACUGUUGUUGCUCCGCUAUGCGAGGACAAAUAAAUUAUGUAUUGUCUUUAAAAGUUUUAAAGUUGUGCAACGUAAAAUGCAAAAUGUUCGGUUCAAACGAUUUAUUACUUAAUGCACAAUUUCUUUAUCAACCAAUACCUCUAUAAAUAUGUUUACACUUUUAACGGUUCUGGUACAAUUAUUGCUAAGGUUCGUGCUGAUUGAGUUUUAUUCCUGUACGUAAUAGAGUAAGGUGCAUAGUUAUUGUUCUAUGCACUAUUCUCUUAGACCAAAUCCGUUAUUUUACUUUUGUGUUGGUAAAAAAGGUAUUUUUGGGGUCGUAUUUAGUUGGUGAUUUGCACUUAACUAGCAAAAUACAUUACUGGUUUCCAUUAA